GGCGUCACUGAGCAUGCGCAGUAGCAGCAUGGUAGCUGCUUGGCGCUGCGGCUCAGCCCCUGCCCCGGCCCGGCGGGCUCCGAGCGCGGAGGGUCCCGGCCCGGCCCCAGCCCCGGCCCGCCAUGGCCGCCGGCGGGGACGGGGCGGUGAAGCCGCUGCAAAGCGCCAUGAAGCUGGCGGCCGGGGCGAUCGAGCUGGACACCGGGAACCGGCCGCGGGAGGCCUACGUGGAGUACCUGAAGAGCAUCAGCUACAUUUCCCAGGCCCUGCUGGAGGAAGCAGCGAAAGGUGGGAGCGAUGCCGUGACACCCGACACCCCAAAGAUGCUGAAGCUCGCUGAGCAGUGCUUGGAGCGAGCCAAGUCCAGCACUGCUGUGCUUGGGAAGGUGAAGCCAGCAGCCCACGAGAGGGGCCCCAGCCCUGCUCCCAUCUCUAGGCACCGCAGGGUCUUCUCAGAUGAGGGGGGGAAGCUGUCUCCCUUCCUCCCCCCGGAGAUCUUCCAGAAGCUGCAGAUCACCAAAGCUCAGGGCACUAAAAAGGAGCUCACCCCGCUGGAGGAGGCAUCGCUGCAGAACCAGAAGCUGAGAGCUGCUUACGAGGCCCGGGUGGCACGGCUGAACCCCAGCCAGGCUGUGCAGAAGACUUCCCUGACGCUGACCCUUCAGCGGCAGAUGAUGGAGAACCUGGUGAUUGCCAAAGCCCGGGAGGAGACGCUUCAGAGGAAGAUGGAGGAGCGCAGGCUGCGGCUGCAGGAAGCUGCCAACAGGAGGUUCUCCAGCAACGUCGCCCUCACCCCCGAGGAGCAGGAGCAGAGGGCGCUCUAUGCUGCCAUCCUGGAGUACGAGCAGGAUCAUGAGUGGCCGAAGCUCUGGAAAGCCAAGCUGAAGAAGAACCCGACAGAUCUCUCUCUGGUGUCCGGCCUCGUCUCCCACCUCCUCAGCUUCCCCGAGCACCCCAUUCCCCAGCUGUUGACGAAGCUCCAGCAUGCGAUCUACAGCAGGCUCUACCCCAUUGUGAGCCAGAACCUCGCUGACCUCAGCACUGCUUCCAGGGGCUUCUCCUCCCUCUCGCUGGAUGCUGAGGGACUGUUGACCCCAGCACCUGGGGGCCGGAAACUGAGGUCCUCCCAGAGCCUGUACUGCAUGGCCUCCGUCCAGGAGAACAAGGUGAACUUGCAACACAGCCUGUCCACGGCGCCCCUGAGUGAGGACCUGGCAACAGAGAGCAGCCCGCAGGAAGGGACGGCUGCCCGCCUGGCCGACAGAGAGAGCUCCUUUGAGGACCUGGAACGGUUCCUGGCAGCGCCCGAGAGCUGGCCCACUGGCCCCCCAGCGGAGCCCCAGGCCCCAGCUGAGAAGAAGGCCUCUCUGCAGGAGCAGCUGAAAGCCAUCGUGAAGGACAUUCACAACUCAGUGGACAGGCUGCUUUCCCUGGCUCUGCUGGCUUUCGAGGGCCUGAACACCGCCUCCUCCAAGGACCAGUGCCUGGCGCGCAUUGAGGAAGCCUUCUUCUCGCCUCUCUGGGCCCCCCUGCUAGCCCUCUACAGGAGGGUCUACCAGGCCCGGGAGGUGGCCCUGUCCAGGAGCAUGGAGCGCCACAGGAACGUGCCCCCUUCGGAAAUAGGAGUCUCCGCUAACCUCUUCCCCCAGGACAGCGAGGGCCGCGCCGCAGGUUCCUACCCUUACAGCACGGCGGUGCAGGAGCUGGGGCUGAUCCUUCUGGAGAGCUGCCCGCAGAGGAAGCUGGAGUGCAUUGUGCGAGCCCUUCGUGUCAUCUGCGAGUGUGCCGAGGAGUACUGCACUACCCGGGAAAGCUGGGCCCAGCCCGGGGCCGCAGCCAUUGGUGCCGACGACCUCUUGCCCAUCCUGUCCUACGUGGUGCUGAAGAGCGACCUCCCCCAGCUGGUGGCGGAGUGUGCGGCGCUGGAGGAGUUUAUCCACGAAGGGUACCUGAUCGGCGAGGAGGGUUACUGCCUGACGUCCCUGCAGAGUGCUCUGUCCUAUGUGGAGUCCUUGCACGGGGGAGUCCUGGUGAAGUAAUGGGGCUUUGCAUCCGCCUGCUGAGCAGAUGGGCCCUGCCCUGAUCACUCAAACCCCUCCUCGGCUGGGAGAUGCAACGGACACACGUCUUCCAGAGACGCAACAUGGGGCCAAGGGGCCCGACUUGAAGAGAAAGGACCAGACAUUCCCCCCUUCCCUACCCCCCUUGUCCUGCCUGCUGUGAAGGGCAGGGCAUGUUCUGUGCAAUGUUUUGGGGUGGCAGUGGACCCGGGGUUGCUGCUUGGGUUGCUCUGCACCUGUCAUGCUAACUGUAACCACUACGGAGCGAGAGGAGAACGGCCCACGGGCUGCUGACGGGAUUCGACUGGUAACUGCUGCUGCUCGGGCCUGUAUUGAUGCUUUUUAGGAGCCUCUUUGCUGCUUUUGUGCAGGGCUUCCUCCAGCCUCCCCCUGGAGCACAGUGCAUGGGGGCAGGGAGGGGGCCUGCAGGGGGCAGUUACUGUCCCGGGGUCCAAUCCCCCAACUGGGGGGCUCUCGGCCCGGACAGCUGCCCUUGCUGAAUCUAGGGAGGGCUUUGAGCUGAGCACAGGGUCUCCUUGGGGGCCACCAGACCUGGCCCGUUCUGUAGCCUCCAGCAGCUGUCUGGCCAGGGUGAGUGUUGGCUGUUGGUGAGGGAAGGCCUGGGACAGGUCCCAGCUCUGUGACCCCCUCGGCUCGAAAUUUGCCCUUCUGCCUGUUUGUGCCCUGUGCGGCCGCUGCAGGGUCCCUGGGUGCUGCCUGGAGCCAGCUACUUCCUGGGUGCUGCAGCGUCCGGCAUGGGCGGUUUCGUCCUCAGUGUAAGGGACAUUGACCCUGUGGCGCCAGCACCAAGAUCCUUGCGGCCGAAGCGGUAGGGUCUGCUCACCCGCCCCCUGGGCUGCACCCGCGUUUGAACUGUGUAUUUAAAGUGUGUGCGUGAGAGAGAGAGAGCGAGCGAGCGGUUGUGAUACCCCUCGGCUCAGCACCCAUCCCAUUUCAGCUGCUGCCCAAGGAGCCCUCUGGGGCCCGUACUGGAGUCCGAUUCGUCCUGGAUGUGCCAGCCAAGGCGGAGCUAGCGUCUCUGCACACCGAUCGGCGGUGGAGCCUGGGGCUAGUGUGUGUCGGGGGUGGGGGGCAGCAUGUUCCAGCCCCUAGAGGAGAGGUGGGCAGAGCCCCUGUGUGUGUUCUCCGUGCACGGAUGCUCAGUUCUGACCAGUCAGCGGCUUGAGGGGCAGGGAUAUGGCACCGCUACCCCCCAGGCUGGGGAGUGCUGUGCCCGUGGGGAGCUAGGGCUGCAGGGCAGCGAUUUCCCCUGCCUCAGAUGCUGGGCUCGUUUUGGCUGGAGCUUUAAAUGCUACUGAUCACAGGGCAAAAUCCCUGGUGAUGAAAAACUACUGGAUUUUCUGGAGUUACUUGAGAUCCUCCCUGGAGCGGGCGGCUGAGCUGGCCAUGGUGCCUGUGAAUGGGGAGGUGAGUGGAGAACCUGGUGUGUCACCCAGGAGCAAUGUUGGACUGUCCGUGCCAUCCCAGCCCCCUUCUGGCUCCCCUUCAGGGAGAUUGGAGGCAGAGUGGUGGCUGCCCUGGGCGUGGCUGGUUUCUCUGGCGUGGCCUGGGAGAGCCGUGAUCUUCCUGUGGGGGAGGUGCCAGCCAUGCAGCUUGUAUUAAUUUAGAUGGAAUAGCGGGACCUGAAGAGUCACAAGACGCUGUCGCUGUACAACCCUAUACAGUGUCAAAUGAGGUCUGGGUUUGGUAUAUGGCAGGGGUGGGCAAACUACGGCCCAGGGGCCGCAUCCAGCCCUCCAGAUGUUUUAAUCCGGCCCUUGAGCUCCUGCCGGGAGCAGGGUCUGGGGUGUGCCCCGCUCCGGCACAGCUCCCAGAAGCAGCAGCAUGUCCCCACUCUGGCUCCUACAUGUCGGGGCAGCCAGGGGGCUCCGCAAGCUGCUCCCGCCCCAAGUACCUGUGGACAGGGCAGCAUGCAGAGCCACCUGGCUGCGCCUCUACAUAGGAGCCGGAGGGGGGACAUGACACUGCUUCUGGGAGCUGCUUGAGGUAAGCGCCACCCACAGUCUGCACCCUUGACCCCCUUCCGUGACCCAACUCCCUGUCCCAGCCUGGAGCCCCCUCCUGCACACCAAACUCAUUUCUGGCCCUACCCCAGCACCCACACCCCCAGCUGGAUCCUGCAUCCAACCCCCAAUUUUGUGAGCAUUCAUGGCCCGCCAUACAAUUUCCAUACCCAGAUGUGGCCCUUGGGCCAAAAAGUUCGCCCACCCCUGGUAUAUGGAGACCUUGGCCUGCUUCACACCAUGGCAAACACCACUGAAAAUCCUUCUGACCUUGUCACAGAGACAAGACAAGGAAAAGCAGAUAAAGCCUUGCCCUGGAAAGUGUUAACAACAUCCCCUGUUUGCUGUCCCUGGAGAGCUUUUAGCUGCCAGAGGUGGGGAAAGGAGUGAGCUGAGCUGGGUGCAGCCGUCCUUGCUGCUGUUCCUGUUCUGUUUCCUAAGGCGACAAGACCAGACGAGCACACACAAGGGGAGGGGAAGGAACAGCAAAAAGACAAUGCAACUUUUGUCUCCCGUGCUGACUUCUGAUAACCUCGCUGGUGGGAACACACUGGCAUGGCACACGGGCUGCUCAGCUCCGGCAAACUUGUUCCAGCAUCGGGCUGGGCGGGGCACUGCUGGUAGCUGCCUCUGGGCUCCCAGCGGUGUGGCAGAAUAUACAGUCUGGGCCAGCUAAGCCAAGCUGAGGGGAAAGGAGAGAGAGGAAAGAGAAGAAAUAAGGUGGGGAAGCAAAAGGACCCCAGUGGGCGGGAGAUGAAUGCUCACGUCCCAGGUGGGGGUUGACCUGGCCCAGGCGUUGACGUUAUCUGGGUCCCUCUCUCUGGCCCGGCUCGGUCAGGGUGUCUCUCCGGAUUAGUGUGACGAAUGCCCGGGGUCCCAGGAGACGGGGUGGCAGCUGUGAUGGUGAAGCUCGCUUCGGUUGCUAAUUUUUCUCCCCAAUGUCUCUUUAAGGAGCCCCAGGAGGUGGUGGACAGCAUAGCCCAUCCCCUCAUUAUUCUGUCUGCCAGUUGGGCCGAGUUUCCUACACACCAAUUUUGGUUCCCUGAUUUCUGGUUCCACGUGUCUCGUUCACCAGGCAUGAUCUUAACACGAUCCUUGAGUUACAGCAAUAGGCCUCUCGGUUAGACUGACUCGGCCCUUCUGUCUCCCACUGCACCACCUGUUCUAGGUGAUUGUGAGAGCUUAGAACUCGUGCACGUGUCACAGCGGAGCUCACCGGGUGGGCCCAGUUACCCCAGCGGGGGCCGAUCUGCUUCACUCCAGGAAUCCCCCCCGCAGCUCCUGGGGCCUGGACUCCCAGGUGCUCACGUGAGAGCGUCUGAGCCAUGAUCCCCCCCCAAGUGUGUCUUGGGAGCCAUCUUGUUCCAGUCACUGGGCUGGCUGGUAGGACUGGCGCAGCUGUUUCCCUUCAUAGAGCCCUGGGCUUCUUGGGUGUGGGGAGAGCUGGGGCCACGCUCCAGUCAGCUGGGGCCUUUGCACCAUGCUCAGCCGCAGCAAUGGCUGACCUGUGCUCCUCUGGCAGCUUCCUUAUGUGGGAGGGCAGGAAACAAUGGGAGCUGCCUGUCGCCCUCUUCCAUGCAGGGGGAACCUCCACCCAGCAUGGUGUUUGGGCUGCCGCAAGAGAUUUCUUCUCUUUCGAAGCCACCUGCUCUAGCCAUUGAAGGCUGAGCAGGUGGCUGGUUGGGGGCUAGGCUGUGUGUGCAGCAGGGUGUUUUCUGUCCCUGCCAUUCACUGCUCCACUCUCUCUCUCUCUUUCAAGGCUGCUUUGUUUUACUGUAGCAUCUUCCUGCGGUGGAGGGAUUGUAGCGUAAUAAAUGUGGCUGCUCCCC